ACGGUGAAAUUAUUCUUAAUAUCUUAACUGCUUCUGAUGAACUAAAUCUUCAUGAAUUGAUUGCUUAUGCACAGGAUCAUCUUAUUCAAGAAAAAUCUGAUUGGCUACAAAAGAAUGUUAUUCAUGUAUUGCACACUGUUGCUAGUCUUGAAGCCUGCAAAGAUCUUCAAGAUUUUUGCUUGGGAAUGAUUUGCCAAGAUCCUUAUUGGUUAUUAGAAUCUGACAAUUUCUGUUCUUUAGAAGAAAACGUUCUUGUUCCUCUCUUGAAACGUGAUGAUCUUUUAAUGGAGGAAAUUGAGAUUUGGAACAGGUUAAUUGAAUGGGGAAUUGCACAGAACUCUUCACUUGAUGGAAGUAUUUCAAAUUGGUCUCAAUCUGAUUUUGAGGUUUUGAAAUGUACACUUGAAUCAUGCAUUCCUUUAAUAAGAUAUUUUCACAUCGAUUCUGCUGAUUAUUAUGAUAAAGUGAGGCCAUUUGAACAUAUUUUACCUCUCAAAUUACGUGAGGAUAUAUUGCAAUAUUAUCUUAAAAAAGGAAAUAUUGGUGGUUGGAUGUCUGCCGCCGCUCCACCUUGGUCUCCGCAUCGUCGAAGACCUUCAUUAAACAUCACUCGAUCUACAUAUGAUGUUGGUCCUUACCAAAGUAGCCAUGAUAGUUUUCUUUUUUCUCUUGGUGAUGGAAGAAAUCUUGAGAAUGCUAAACUUAGUCGUAUCUCUCCAGAAAAUGCUUCUUUUGCUAUAUUUUCUUCUCAAUAUCAUGGUCCUUGUUUUGGGCAAACCGAUUUGAGAAUGAAUGAUAACUUUAAUUCUCCCUCAAAGUGCACAUGCCAACGCUACGACUAUGAAACUGAAAUUUGCGAACUUCAAAAUUUUUCUGUUGAAGAAUAUGAAGUUUUUCAGGUAGUUGACAAAAAUGCAUCAACGUCUUCACAAUCAACAUCUGAUCAGGCAUAUCCAGCUCCAACUAUGCAUCCUCCAAGGCCAGAGUUUACAAAUUAUCCAACGUCUUGGUAA